AUGAGCAGCAUCAGCACCACCCCACGGCGCCCCAGCACCGCGCAACCCACGCCCCUCAGCACGCGCCUCCCCUACGAAGCCGCCGAAGCACUCCUCUGGGAACGCCAGAACUCCCGCGCCAACACGCACCUCCACGCGCAGAUGAAAGCCCUCCAGUCCGCACACGAGGCGUACAACGCGCGCAUCGCAGCUAUCGAGGCCGUGGCUGAUGCCGCCGAGGCCGCCGUCGCUAGGGUCAGGGGUCUGGAGAGGAAGGUUGAGGCGCUCGAGGCGGAUGAGAGAGAGGGCCCGUUUGUGGCGUGGUGCAAGGAGGCUGUCACGGGGUUGCAGGGGAGUGUGGAGGGAAUCAAGGGGUUGAGGCAGAGGGUUUGUGCGUUGGAUGGGAGGGUUGAGAGGUUGGGGGAGGAUGUUGAGGGGGUCAGGGAUGAGGGUGGGGUUGUUAGGGGGGUGGUGAAGAGGUUGGAGGUGCUGGAGGGUGGGAGGAGGGAGGAGGGGAGGAGGGCUGCGGAGGUGCAGAGGUUGAGUCAUCGACAGGAAGACAGUCGCCAACGAGAAUGUGAGCGUGAAGGGGUUGAGGAAGCGCUUGGUGAGGCGCAGGAGGAUGACAAUCCGCUGGCUGUCUUCUACGGAAUCGAGACACAGUCACCCUCGAAGCGUCAGGACCGCGAGCGUACCAGCACCGCCGCUCGCCCCCAAGGUCGCUCUCCAGGCAGAUUGACCGAGUCACCUCAGCGCCAUGGUCAUACGGGUGUCCUCCCGCCACCAGAUGAAGACACCGUACGCCCAGAGGACGACAGCUUCGAUCUUCUAGAAGCUGUGCCUGAGAUCGAGUAUGGCUGGGAGAACACUCAGCAGUUCAAGGACAUGCAGAAGGAGCUUGCCGCUCUUCGUGCGAUGUGCCGAGCUCAAGAACCCAAAAGCAGCAACGAGGCUGCAGAUGCUACCCAGCGUCCACAGGAAACGCUGAUCGUUGGCACAGAGAACAAUGCUGGCUUCUCAGACGCCACCACUGAGAUGGAGGUUGAGUGCAACGACAACGGCCGUCAGUUCCACCAGGGCACCCCUCCAGGCUCAGUCAGCGUGUUGAGCUCUGACACACAGAUACCUUCCUCGCCGCCGAAGCGAACAGAGAUGCAGUCAGCCAGGCGCAAUCUCAUGAAGCGGCCUUCCAUCUACGACCCGCGAGUGCCCUCGGUGAACGAGCAUGUACAGCCCGAACGAGCGGCGCCUCCUACCUGCGAAGAUCCUGCUCGAGAUUCUAGCUCUUCGCUGCUCGUCAAGCUGCCUGUCGACGCUCCCACUACUGACAAGACUUCGGGAAAACGGAAGCGUGUCGACGAUGCACCAGCUCAACGCGUGACGCGCCCAAAAUUAGGUGACGACAGGACAGCUCCCAGAAAACCAGUUGCUCCAGCAGCCCAGAAGGACAUGAUCGUCGAGGAAACCGCCGUCGCAGAACAAAUGCCUCUGACCUUCGGCGACGAGACUCCGGCCCCGCUCUCACCCACGCGCAGAACGUUUGGCAAGCAGAAGCAAGCAGUGGACCGUUCACUCCAGCAAGCAGUGCCGCAAGCCGUUCCAAGCAGACAAGAGCAGCCGAUUCUGCCAACCAAGUCAGCCAUGUCCGUGGCUGAGACCGUGAAGUCGCGCAAGGCGAUCAGUAAGCCAAAGCCAAAGCCCACCCCAGCUCCACAGCAGGCACCACCCGAAGCUGCUCCUGGCAGCUCGAGACAGGCACCCGCUACUGUGAAGAAAGACACCAAGGGGCCUCGACAGUCCGUUGGGGCAUGCAAGUCAUGUCGUUUGCGUCACCAGAAGUGUGAUCGAACGCAGCCGGCCUGUGGACGCUGCGCGAAGCUCGGCACUCCUUGUCAAUAUCCUCCGUCUUCGACCGCCACCGCAGCUCCCGCGUCCAGUCCGAAGAAGAAGCAAGCGCAUAAAAAGUCUGCAAUCGAAGCCGGCCGUGAGCGAUCUGUGACUGUCAGCCCAGGGGCACCUCGACAGAAGAGCUCGGCAAAACGCCCAAUGCCCACUUCGCCAUCCAAGAAGCCGACCGUUGCUGCAGCCCCCACCGCAACCAGCUCUCGCACGACCAGAGCAAAGAACACGCGGGCUCGAGGAAUUUCUCCAAAGAAGAAGUAG